CAAGGGGUAGAGUAAAGGUCAUGCCAGCAGACAAUGGGUCAGAGGUCAAAUGUGAGGUCACCAGUCCAACUAGAGGGUCACCCAAGGUCACCUCAGCCACCCUCUCCGUCCUUUUCGCCCCGAGGGAGGUGUCAGUGUGGGCGUCGCCCAGCACAGAGGUGGAGGUGGGACAGCUGGUCACCCUCUCUUGCAGCACCUCCUCCAGCAAUCCCAAAGCCAACAUCACCUGGAGGUCAGGAGAUGCCAUGCUGCAGGGAGGGAUCACCUACUCAGUUCCUGCUGAAUUUGGAGGGAUUGGAACUAGGUCUGAAUUUCUGCUAAAAGCAGUGGCCGAGGACAAUGGAAAAGCCUUCAUGUGUGAAGCGGAGAAUGGUCUAGGAACUACAAUCCACAAGAAGAUUACUCUCAGCAUUUUACAACCACCGUCACUGACUGACGACCCGGCAACCACACAUUCUUCUUGGGUGGAUCUGGGCAAAAGUGGGCACCUUGCUUGUCAUGCACGAGCUGCUCCACCACCAAAUUUCACUUGGACUACAGAGGAUACUCAUAACAUAGAAACUAGUGAAAAAUAUAUAAUCCAUAAACCAGAGCUGCUGGACGGGUUGAUGUUAUGGGCAUCGGUGUUAGAAGUAGUAAACGUCACUCGUCAAGAUUAUGGAGAAUACCAAUGUUCUGCUACUAAUGAUCUUGGCACAGAUUCCACCUGGCUCACUCUCAAGCCACCUACACGUCCUCAUCCACCCACAAAUCUAACUAUUGUUAAUGUAAGUGAUGUGUCUGUUGUUCUGGGGUGGACACCUAACCCUCAUGCUGGGAUGCCUCUCAAUUUCACCGUGAAGUACAGAGCUGAUGAUACACUGGACUACCAGUAUGAGGAUACCGAUGGCAGCUCCACAGGAGUGAGUGUGACAGGACUCUCACCAGGAAGAAAAUACAUCUCCAGUGUACGAGGCAGGAAUGAUCAUGGGAACUCUGACUAUGUCUCACCAAAAAUCCCUGUAACUACACUUGGCACAGCUGCAGAGGCUGACGGAAGUGGCAACCAGCAUCUCACCAGUCCCCUCCUGCUAGUUGUCGUGGUGUCAACAACAGCUCUGCUUGUGCUCAAUGUCAUUCUUAUUCUCUGCUACCUACGGCAGUAUAAAAGAAGGAACAAAACUGUUAAAUCAGCAUCCUCUACCAAGAUUACCUCUUUGGCAACUCAAAGAAACACCCCAGCCUCCAGUCAGGAGGACCAACACCAUCACAUCCUUAUGUCCCUCAUUACGGAUUCCACUAAAAUUCCCAAAGGAUAUCAGGAUGGGCACCAUGACACUAAAGCUCUUGAUCAGAACAUCAAUUCAGUUUGCUCCACUUCCCCUACUAGAAAAAAACACAGAAUAUCACAGAAAAGCAGUGCCAUUAAGUGGAAUGGAACCACAAGGUGUAAAGGCAAAAUGCCAAACAAUGCUAAAGUUUACACACAAAACAAUCAUACUAAGAUUGACUCUGCCUUUUUACAUAAUCAGCUGGUUGGAAAUGGAAGAAUGUCCAUUCAUAAUAAAUUGAAAACAAAUACUAAAGAGACUACUUCACUCAUUCCAAAAUGCAAAGUUAGUGGACUUCCACAGAUACAGUUAAGAAACUCUGGCCUAGAUGAUGAUCAAAUAUCCGAAUCCUCAAAUGAAAGUACCGAUACUGCUAUUUUCUGUGAUGUCAAAACCAGCUCCCAAUCAGAGUCGGGCAUACAACAACAGAGACAUUCACACAUUCCCAAUGAACAUGAUACUCUGUCAUAUGUACAGCUAAUCAGAAAUGAAUUACAUCAACAAGCAGCAGCUCAGCAGCAGCUAAAACAAGACAAAUUUGUGAAAUUCCUCCCAGAAUGCACAACAGAAAUGCUUUUGCAUAACAACAUUGCACAGCCCUACUCUCUUGACAACCAUCAACAACCCAACUAUCACCAGGCUUGCAACUCAAGAGGAUCAGAGCCAGUCUCAAACUACGACAGCAGUAAUCCCACCAUAAAAGCCACUGUUAAGUUAACCACUGUACAGAGGCAGCAAGAUAAACCAGCACUUGGCCAUAACCCAACCACUACCGCAACUUUCAGUCCUCAGCAUCAGCCACCAUGUACAUCAUCCAAAGCACAAUUAAGCCAUUUAACACCUGAAAUGUCAAGCAAGACUCAGCAACAGCAACUAUUACCCCCUUCAACAUUCAGGGUUAAAAAAUGCUUACAACAGCCUGCUGCACCAACAAAUACUCAGCAGUGCCAUCUUCAACCUGAUUUGUCAACCAGAGCCCAAAAGCACAAACUUUCAAACAAUUCGCCAAUGCGAGUCCAGCUAUGCCAUCUACCACCUUCUCCAACACAAGCUGAACAUCGGAAUCAACCACCCAACUCAGCAAACAGAUUACAGAAUCAUAGUCUUCCACCCAGUUCACUAACAAAAGCACAACAUACCAGUAUACCACCCAACUUACCAACAAAAUCCCAAGAUUGCCACCAACCACCAUAUUUGUCAAUAAGAACUAAAAAUACUCUACCCCCUGCACCACAAAAAAAACAGCAUUACUCUUUAUCAUCAAAUUCACCAACCAAAAUAAAAAAAGACAAUCUGUCCUUUGACACAUCAAUAAAGUCACAGUACCAAUCUCCAUUUAAAUCACCUAGUAAAAACAAACACAGUAUACCAACUGACACACCAACUAGGAUAAAACAUCGCCCACCACCUGUUCCCAAAGUUCUCUAUCAGCACUGUACUCCACCCACCCCACCCAAACUACAUCAUCGUGCUCCACCACCCUCACCCAGUUUACAAAAACAUCACCCUCCAACUAUCAAGUCUAAUCUAGAACAUCCUUCACUCAUUUCAACCAGCUCUGGAUGGCCAUGUCCACCACCCAGCUCACCUUUUUUAGAGGAGCAGAUGCUUCCUCCAUCAACCCAGUCUUAUCAAACACAGUGCAGUCUUAGUCCUGACCCUGUAAGUUUACUUCCACUGUACAAAAGUGAUUGUCAAAUUAACACUGUUCCAACAACCUCAACAGCUCACCAAAAUAAUUUUACUUUUCCCAUUAACCUUAGUCAUGAGAUUCCUAAGUAUAAAUUAUCUGAAUCUAAAAAUAACACAAAUCAUGGAACUAUCAUAAAAAAUUCAUCUACCAUAAUUAACUCAUCACACCACAAUGAUUCGACCCAAAAAGAUGAUCAAUUGUCUAAGAAUGAUAGAAACACUUACCAGGGGCCAUUAAUGUCUCAGACCCAGUCUCAUGCUAUUGUGGAUGACCAAGCACCUGUGGCCACAAGCUCACCAGUAUCACGUGCACGUCGAUCCCGAUUCCCUGAUGAUUUUCUGCGGCAGAAAAGAUGUGAUAAGUUGUGACAUGUUGGUACAGCAUGCAUACUGUACAGUACUAGGUAAAGAGGAAAACCAUAAAAUAAUUUUCACUUGCUAUAAUGAAUUAAAGGAAGCAUAAACCUGUGACUUUUAUAUAUUGGUUACUUACUAAUUUUAACGUACAAAAUACAGUACAGCACCUGUAGUAAUUAUAUAAUAAAAAAAAAUGUAAUUUCCCAAGGUACAAACAUUUGUUAUAACAUGAAUUACUGUAUAUGAUAAAUUAACUAAACAUAAUGAAAAAUAUUAAUAAAUUUAAAAAGUAUAUAAUAGUAAAUUUAUUCCUUGCAUGACAUUCAGUGAAAUCCAAAAUACUGUACAGUAAUUAAAUUUUUCAAAACAAAUUUAAGGUACAUUAAUUGUAUUGGAAAUACACUUUAACCCAAACCUUCCUACUUCUUCAAACAUAAGCACAAAAAGCAAACACAUUUGUAUCAUUUUAUGGGGGGCGGUGUGCAAGACAAACAUAUAAAUUAUGACACUAGCUCUCCACAUGUCAGCUGCUUAAUUUAGAAAUUGUACUUUUGGUCGAUCUCGAACCCA